AUGUUCUCACAAAAGGGAAAACCUUUAGUGGUAUAUGAUGGCUUUAUUUAUACAUUAGAACGACAAACAACAAUAAAAUGUAUUUUUCGAUGUCAAGAUCGUGAUUGCAAAGCUCGAUGUCAUACAAAUCUUACUAUGGAUUCAUUUUUGUCGGAACCAACCAAACAUUCUCAUCCUCCAAAUCCAGAACGCAUUCCAGCACUUGAACUUAAAACCGAAAUCAAAAUUAAAGCAGCAACAUCCGACGAAGCUUCAAGCUCAAUCUUGCAUUCUUCAAUGCGAUCGUUGCCUUUAAAUGCAGUUAGCAAUUUGCCAAAGGAUGAUUCAUUAAUGAGAAGUAUUCGACGACAACGUUCAUCACCAUAUUCUGAUCCAAAUAGUCGUUUACCUGACAAUUUAAGAAAAACAGAUCGUGGAGAAAAAUUUAUAUUAUAUGAAGAUAAUGAUAUGAUUAUUUUUACCACAAGAACCAAUUUAUCUUUAUUGAAAGAAUGCAAGCAUUGGUUUGUAGACGGGACAUUCAAAGUGUGUCCAAACGAUUUUUAUCAAUUAUUUACAGUACAUGCAUUAUUGACGUCGACGAUCAUUCCACUUGUUUAUGUGUUAUUAAUUGGCAAAAGUGCGGCUGAUUAUACGAAGUUCUUUCAAAAACUUUUGGAAGUGGAUGAUUUUGCGCCUGAAUCAAUACUUAGUGAUUAUGAAUCAGGCACAAUCAAAGCAAUUAAAGAUUUUUUUCCUAAUGCAAUACAUAGGGGCUGUCUUUUUCACUUUGGGCAAUGCGUUUGGCGUCAUAUCCAAGACAAUGGCUUAUCAAAAAAAUAUCAAGAUGAUGAAAAUUUUCGUUUAAAUGUGAGAAAACUACUUUCUCUACCUUUUGUUCCAGUUGUUGAUGUGGUAGAAGCAUUUAAUCUAGUUGCUGAUAAUUUCGACGAUGAUGGUGAUACUCUCCUCGAAUACUUUGAAAAAACAUGGAUUGGUGAGAAGAAAAAACGAGGAGCCGGAAGAAAGAAACCAAAAUUUAAUUAUGAAUUAUGGAAUGUAUAUGAACGUGUUAUCAACAAUCUUCCUAGAUCCAAUAAUUCAGUAGAAGGUUGGCACAACGGAUUCGCUAAUCGUGUAUCCAAUGCUCAUCCUUCAACAGCAAAACUUGCUGAUAAAAUUCGUCGAGAGCAAUCAAAGUUUGAAAUUGAUAUUGAAAGAAUUAAUCAAGGACAUGAACUAAAAAUGAAAAAAACAAUUUAUCGAAAACUUAAUGAAAGAAUGGUACGUGUUGUCAAUAUCUAUGAUAAGAAUCAACUUGAUCAAUAUUUGAAAAAUGUCAGUGCCAAUGUAAUAGUUUAA